AUGCCUGUUGUUGCUGGUCCCGCAGCCGGUCCUUCGACCUUUGACAAGAUGAAAAUGGGUGCCAUGAUGGGCUCAACUGUCGGAGCUAUUAUGGGCUUCAUCGGUGGAGCUGUGGUCAUCCUCCAGCACGGUGCUGGUCCCAACGGUGUUAUGCGCACUCUGGGCAAGUACAUGGUGGGUUCCGGUGCUACUUUCGGUCUUUUCAUGUCCAUCGGCAGCGUGAUCCGUUCUGAGGGACCCCGCAACGAUCUCUGGCUCCGUGCUCAAGGACCCCCGAUGAUGCUUCCUCGCCAGACUCCCCUGCGCUCGAUGCGCCAAUAA